CUGGGCAAUAUUCAUUAGUAGAAAUGUCCGUCAGUCUAUUUGUAAAACCCCUGAAAUAUCCUGUUUGCACUCCGCACGACAAAUUUUCCAGUCUCAUGGGAUGGGGGAAGCGAUGCGCAUUUUAUCAUAUUUUAAUGUUGAAAUUUUGAAUAUUAUUGAAAAAACUGCCACCAUUUCAUAAGAAUGAAUUAUUUGCUUUUAUGAACUAUAUGGAAUAGAAUCCAGAAAGUGUCUUAACUCCAAAUGAGUUUUUCCGCUAAGUCCAGCUUUUCAGGAUUUCCAUAUGAGUUCAUUAUUGACGACAUUGCUGAAUUACAAUCUAAAUGUGCACUCAUGGGAAAAGACUGUCUAACCACUUGUUUCGCUUUGUUUUUGCUUCUUCCAAUUUUUGAGGCAGGUGCGAAACUGACAGGUGCAAAUAGACGAGCGUCAUCAAAGUAAGCCUUGCGACGCCUCGUCCUCUGUUGUCAAAUAGUGACGUCACUAACCGACAAGCCGCUCAGCCAAUAGUAGUCCAGACCUGGGACUCUCUUUGCGCUCGACAUUCUGGCCUAAGCCAAUAGAAGCCAGUGAACGAGGCUAAGCCUUGCGCACUUCUGAGAAAGACCUCUCUCCACCACACUUGAGCAGGACAAAUUUACUAAUUAUGACCGAAAGAAAAGAACAGGAAACUUGGCAGUAAAGCAGAUAAGUCUGUCAGCGUCACAACCCACUGAGGACUAAUGUCCUAAAGAUGAACUUCUCGUCACAAUUCGACGGAAAUUUCAGUGAUGCAUUUAGUGGUAUUUGUAUAAACUCCGAUGCCCGGAUACCAGAGUAUCAAGAAUUCGCCAGGAAUAACUCCGAGUUCGCGGCGCUCCUAGCCGCUGUGAACACCGCUCUACCUGUACUAUCUGUCGGAGGUAACGCGCUGGUAAUGAUGACGAUCGCUCUUGUCCGUGAACUGCGAGUCCCCGCCAAUCUCCUAUUGUUCAGCCUUGCCGCCAACGAUGUCCUGACUGGAAUUGUCAUUCAAACCGCACACGCUGGUACCAUCAUCCGAGUUCUAUUAGAACCACAUGGACAACUUUGUCAGUCAGACUUUAGACUGCUGCUAGAUAUCGUUGGAAGUUUGUCUAUUACAUGUGGCUUGACUACACUCUGUCUUGCUACUGUUGACCGCUUCAUUGCGAUCACUCGGCCGUUACGCUACAUCACAUUGGUGACCAAGAGCAAGACCUACACUGCUAUCGUAAUCUCGAGCAUCGCAUGCCUGGCGCUCUCCCUGAUCCGCGUGUUCUUGACGCCUUAUUUCCCCGCCGUGGUGACCCUUUGGUACCUGUAUCUUCUGUGCCUCUGCGUCAUCAUGGUGUUUCUGCAUUUGCGCCUCUAUCGCAUCUCGCGCAAGCACUCCAUCGCCAUCGCUGCCGAGAACAAGCGCUUCGAUCCCGCGGUGAACACCCUCUCGGAGCGCAAGGCUCUGAAAACUGUUCUCAUCAUUACAUUGACUCUGGUUUUCUGCUUUGUUCCGGUCUCCCUGUUCGGCAUCCUAGUAAAAGGGAUAGGGACUGAAGAAGUCAGAAUCAACCUGGUGCCUCUUUUCGUAACGCUGUUACUUAUGGCUCCGAGUAUAAACCCCUUCGUAUACUUCAUCUUCAGCGCGAAAAUUAGAAGGAGGAUCUGCAAGUUGGCGAAACGAUUCUUCAGGAAAUAAAUAAUUUGAUUAACCCUGAAGUGCAGAAUGUUCACUUUUAUUUUCAAGAAACCUACACAAAUCCUCAAAAGUGAAGGAGGUGAGGCAACCGGAAGAAAACGGAAAAAAAAAAUAACACACUCAAGGGUCCAGGGACCCUAUAACGGGUCCAGGGACCCUAUAAAAGGGGUGGACAAACUAGAAAAUGGGUAAAUGGUGCUAGAGGAAUUUUAGGCUGAAGUAUAUAAUACACCUGUGUACAUAUUACAACUGAAGAGAUGACAUUGUUGUACAGAACUUUGAACUGGAUCAAAGAGACGUUUUUGUACUUUUAAUUCUAACCGAAGACAGGGCUUAUCCCUUAUUUUUAAAAAAAAAAAAACAAGAAUUCCAAACAUGAUUUAUACCCGAUUUAGCUAGAUCACGGCUGGUGGUUGAUCUGCGCCAUGCGCGGACAAAAUGCAGAUCGCUCCGAGUGUGUCGAGUUUCGGCAGCAUCUCAUUUCUUUUUUCGCCCCUUUUUGUCAAUGAUGAAAAGAAAUAAAGCUCUAUCGUUGUCUUCACAAGACAUGGUGACAUGUUUUAUUCAAAACCUACUGUAAACAAUGGUCGUGUUUUGACUCCGCCUCUCAUUUUGAAGGGAGUAAAAAGAGGUGGGAGCAUUGUUUUGAAGUAUCCCGUAAUACACCUUCCACCAUUUUUACCUGUGUAACAAGAAUUUAACAAAAUGUUUUAAUCAAA